AUGGCUGGUCGAACGGAACUAUUAUAUACUGUAAUGGCUGGUGGAAGACCCGUACUGGCAGAAACUGCUGCCGAAGAUAUGAGAUUGGUUACUGAUGAGGAAGCUGCUUCAGAAUUAGGAUACCCAAUUCUAACAAAAUCAGAACCAUAUCUGCGUGGUGUGCAUCAUGGUUCAACCUGGGGCGAGCGAUCGGUGGUACGUGUAAGUUCCAGUGAACCAUGGUUAAUAGCUGCAGUGGCUAUUGCAACCUGCGUACUUCUUUUAAUGUUAGUAGCAUUGAUCGUCAUAGCUGCACAAAAACGAAAUAGUCGUUCAAAAUCAUCAGGCGAACAACAGGGCAAAGACAAUGAAGCUUUUGUUUCUGGCGAAGCAGGGCAUUCUAAGACAGAGAAUAUAUUAGGCGAAUCAUCGAUAGCAACUAUUUCUAAAGACGUUAGGUUUUCCAAAAGGCGUUCAGUCUCAAGUGCGAGCGGAGAUUCUAUUGUCGAUUCACCUUCCUAUUUGCCAAGGCGUCGUCUGCUUAGUCAUCCCCAUAACCUUUAUUCGCAAGUGUCACCAAAAUCCAAACAGCAAAGCCGUUUCAAGUCAAAGCAAAAAACUAUGGCGCAACCAAAAAAACGGCGUAAUCACAAUGCCGUAGCAGCAGCUGGAGGCCAAAGAAGCAGAGAGCUGGAUUACGAUAGAUCAUCCAGUGAUCAAGCAUCUGGUGAUGCACUUGUUUUGAAUAAACCAUCCAGUGCUGGGAGCAUAGGAUCUUUUCUCUCACUACCUUCUGUGAGAUCAUUUCCGAGAUGCGAUGCUCCUGAACCUUUGACUCGCAUUCUGGAACCUACCAGUGUUUAUUGUUUGGACUGGGAGGGUGAUAGCGGUGCUGAAUCUAGAAGAGCUCCUGGAUUAGUGCGCCAUUUAAGUAUGAGCGCAGCUGAUCCAAAUGUCAUGGACCAAGUUGUAUGGAAAACACAUUGUAAACGAAUUGAAACAAAAGUCGAAAACAAAGGUGUGUCGACUAUCCUGCCGACUUAUGAAGGUGGUAUGGAGCAUCAAAUGGAUGGAGAUAUUCGUCAAACUCAACGUCGGUACAGGCAAUUGAUAGAUGGUGCGAUAGAAUUGUGGAACGAGCCUGCAGCAGACGACAGUCAUGAUCGAGCACUUGCUUCUCUUACAGCCGAUCAUGAGCGUUCGCUGGAAAGGAACAACCUAGACACCGUACGAGGCCGAUCGGCAAUCGUUAAGUCCAACACAGAUGAAUCGGCGGCGCAGGUGAAUGCUGCACGACCACGGAGUGCUGCUCCAAGACGCCUGCUAAAGAAUGAUGAACACAAACAACCGCCUUCACCAUCUAAGAAAGCCUGGGGUAGCGGAGCUCCAUCCCCCCUAGUUCGACCAUUGAGUGCUGGUCCGUUCCACCGACCUCCAUCCCCGCCAAGAGUGGACGUAGCACGAGUCGUAGCACCAGAUCCUGAAUUCCCACAAAACAACGAUGCCAAUGUGGCCCCAUUACUUGCAGCAAUUCGUAAAGAAUUGCAUAAAUUUACAAAUACCAGUGAUGCCUAA